GGGUGUGCCAGAUGGGGUGACACCGUCUUACUUACUUUACUACGUACUAUUUACUUGCUCUCCCAGUGUCUGUGUCUCUCUUAAUCCCUCACUCUCCCAUCGGAAAAAUCUCUACCAGUGGACCAUCUCCAACGUCCAUCUCGGACAAAAGGCACGGAACCCAAUGGCAAAACAUCCAGAAUCCAUCCUGUACCAACCCAGCAAUGGCAAGAAAAAAAAGAAAAGAAAAAAAUGGAGAUGUCCCUGAGAAUCCAGUCCAGGCACCUCCAAUCAGCGACCAACCACUCCCCCUCUUUUCUCUGUCGCCUCUCAGUCCUUUUUAUCCGGCCUGUUCCUGGUCUGGGAUUAGUCUCGGUACUCGACUCCGUGGAUUCAGUCUUAGCUGCAUGGCAGUCCGAACAAAUCGUCGGGCUGCCCUUGCUGAUACCAGUUAUUAGUGGUGAAUGGUCGGGGAUGGUUCAAAUUCCCCAUUCCCAGUCCCCAUCGCACUUGGGUCCACGGAGAAAGUCUCAACAGUCCACAGUCCACAGUCCACAUGGGCGAGACAACGCCACGGAUGGACUCCUCCUGCGGGGAAAGGUCGCUCGUCCGUACGGUAGUUGGGAUCUUCUAGCCAGUAUCGUCUCUAGUCCGUGUUCCUUCUCGGGGGCAAUUGGUUGGAUUCCCCAGUCGACAGUUAGAUAGCCUACUGACUCCGUAGAUGAACCCUCGAAGUAAAAGGUCUAACCGGCGUCAGCUCACGGAGGACGAAUCAGAUCCCCUGCUCUUGAUUGAUCCUGUACCUCGGAUGCGACCUGACUGUGGCUGAUACGAACAAUUAAAAAAGAAAGAAAGAAAAUACGGAGGAGUACAUCCAAU